AUGAAGAUCCUGGUUUUUCUGGUUCUGCUGGGAAUCAGCCGACAGGGCGCAGCUGCAGUGACUCACUCUCUGAAGCAUUUCUACACUGCGUCUUCUGGAGUCCCAAACUUCCCAGAGUUUGUGGCUGUUGGGUUGGUUGAUGAAGUUCAGGUGUUUCACUACGACAGUAACACCAGGAGAGCAGAACCCAGACAAGACUGGAUGAGCAGAGUCACAGAAGAGUAUCCUAACUUCUGGGAGGCGAAAGCUCGUAACUGUAAGGACACACAGCAGACCUUCAUAUCCACCAUUGACUUUUUGAAGAAGUGCUUCAACCAAAUAGGAGGUGUCCACGUUUUCCAGAGGAUGGUUGGCUGUGAGUGGGAUGAAGAGACUGGAGAGGUGAAUGGUUUCACUGAGUGGGGUUAUGAUGGAGAAGACUUCAUAUCAUUUUUCCCGAAGACAGAGACUUGGAUCGUUCCAAUACCACAGGCUAACAUCACCAGAAAGAAGUGGGCUACUAACAGAAACUAUAUGGCACAGACCAGGACCUAUUUCAGACAGAUUUGCCCUGACUGGCUGAAGACGUUUGUGAGCUAUGGGAGGAGCUCUCUGUUGAGAACAGACCUUCCCUCAGUGUCUCUCCUCCAGAAGACUCCCUCCUCUCCAAUCAGCUGCCACGCUACAGGUUUUUACCCCGACAGAGCCAAGAUGUUCUGGAGGAAAGAUGGGGAGGAGCUCCACGAGGACGUGAAGAUCCUCCCCAACAACGAUGGAUCCUUCCAGAUGAGCGUUGACCUGAAUGCUCCACCUGAAAACUGGGGGAAGUACGAAUGUGUUUUUCAGCUCUCUGGUUGGAAGGACGACAUCGUCACCAAACUGGACAAAGCAAACAUCAGGACCAACAGAAAUGUAGAAGAGAAGCCCACUAACAUCACCCUGCCCAUCAUUGCUGGAGUGCUUUUUCUUCUUCUUGUCCUCUUCGCUGUGAUUGGAUUCAUCACUUACAAAAAGAAGAAUGGUGUUUACUGGGUGGCUCCAUUGCCUGAAGAUGACUACUACCAGUACUGACAUACUCAGCAACCA